AUGUCUCUGCGAGUGCUGAACCCUAACGCAGAAGUGCUCAACAAAUCGGCGGCACUUCACAUGAACAUCAAUGCCGCCAAGGGUUUGCAAGAUGUCCUCAAAACCAACCUCGGUCCCAAAGGAACCAUCAAAAUGCUCGUUGGUGGCGCUGGUGAUAUUAAGCUUACCAAAGAUGGCAACACUCUCUUGAAAGAGAUGCAAAUCCAGAACCCGACGGCAAUUAUGAUUGCGAGGACCGCUGUAGCGCAGGAUGAGGCUAGUGGAGACGGCACCACUUCCACUGUCAUCUUCAUUGGCGAACUUAUGAAACAAUCGGAACGUUACAUUGAUGACGGUAUGCAUCCACGUGUAUUGGUUGAUGGUUUUGAUAUUGCAAAGAGGGCAACCCUGCAAUUCCUUGAAAAGUUUAAGACUCCUGUUGUGAUGGGUGGUGAACCCGAUAAAGAGAUUCUCAAGAUGGUAGCUAGAACAACCGUAAGGACAAAGUUGUAUGAAUCACUUGCAGAUCAAUUAACUGACAUAAUUGUUAAUGCGGUUUUAUGCAUCCGGAAGCCCGAGGAAGAAAUUGAUCUCUUUAUGGUGGAGAUUAUGCAUAUGCGACACAAGUUUGAUGUUGACACACGCUUGGUUGAGGGUCUUGUGCUUGAUCAUGGUUCUAGGCACCCUGACAUGAAGCGACGAGCAGAGAAUUGUUAUAUCUUGACGUGUAAUGUAUCUUUGGAAUAUGAGAAAAGUGAAGUAAAUUCAGGUUUUUUCUACUCAAAUGCGGAACAGAGAGAGGCUAUGGUUGCUGCUGAAAGACGACAGGUUGAUGAGAGAGUUAAAAAAAUCAUUGAACUGAAGAAUAAGAUUUGUUCUGGUAACGAUAGCAAUUUUGUUGUCAUAAACCAAAAGGGAAUUGAUCCCCCAUCACUGGACCUGCUUGCAAGGGAAGGAAUAAUUGCCCUAAGGAGAGCAAAGAGAAGAAACAUGGAAAGAUUGGUUUUGGCCUGUGGAGGAGAGGCAGUAAACUCUGUUGAUGAUUUGACUCCUGAAUGUCUGGGUUGGGCAGGAUUGGUAUAUGAACAUGUCCUUGGCGAAGAGAAAUAUACAUUCAUAGAAAAUGUUAAGAAUCCUUUUUCCUGCACAAUCUUGAUUAAAGAUUUGCUUUUUUGUCAUGAUGAAACAGGUCCUAAUGACCAUACAAUUGCUCAGAUUAAAGAUGCUGUACGUGAUGGUUUGAGAGCAGUGAAGAAUACCCUUGAAGAUGAAUCUGUUGUAUUAGGUGCUGGUGCAUUUGAAGUUGCUGCUAGACAAUAUCUGAUGAACGAAGUUAAGAAAACAGUUGAAGGGCGUGCACAACUUGGUGUUGAGGCUUUUGCUGAUGCACUUCUUGUGGUGCCUAAGACACUUGCUGAAAACUCUGGGCUUGACACUCAAGAUGUGAUUAUUGCCCUUACGGGGGAGCAUGACAAAGGAAAUAUUGUGGGGCUGAGCCUGAACACAGGUGAACCUAUAGACCCUGCAAUGGAGGGUAUUUUUGACAACUAUUCUGUGAAGCGCCAAAUCUUAAACUCAGGGUAUGGUUGA